GGAGUUCAGUCCACUUGCUGUGAUGUUCUUGCUGAUUUCAAUUCUACUAGUGGCCCAGGCUCAAGGGACUCAUAAAGCUGUGGUGUCCAUAAAGCCUGAUAGACAUGUGUUCAUUGGAGAGACUGUUAUUCUCAGGUGUGAGGUACAGGUGAAUGGCUCUCAAUUGACGUACAGCUGGUAUAAAAAUACAAACAGUUUCACAGGUGAUGGAAUUCAAAUUUCCGUAGACAGUAUAAUGCCAAAUGUUAUAAUUUGGUCUGUUAAACACUCUGAGAGUGGGAAUUACACCUGCAGGGGAGAGAGAAAAGACUCUCAGAGCUCAGAGAUCAGUAAUGCUGUUACAUUGAUUGUAUCAGGAAAACCAAAACCAACUGUGAGAGUGAAUCCUCAGAGCUUAGUUUACACUGGAGACACCGUCACUCUGAUCUGUGAGCUGCAGCAGGGGACUGGAUGGGAGUUUCAGUGGUACAAAAAACCUGAGAAUUCACAGCAUCAGAACACUGAACAUUCAAACAUACUUAAAGUGAGAGCAAAAAAUGCAGGAGAAACAGUGUACCAAUGUCGCGCACACAGGAUAAACUACAAGUCAAAACAUUAUCACACUGAUCUCAGUGAUCCUGUGAGCAUUACAGCAAAAGAGAGACCAUCAGUACUAAGUGUAUCUCCACAGAACUGGCUGACUGAAGGAGACUCAGCGACUCUAAGCUGUGAGGUUACAGACUCCUCUACAGACUGGACAUUCAGCUGGUACACAGUUGUUUCCUACAGAGACGGUGUAACUCAAAUUUAAAAUACUGACUAUAUCAUGUAUGUGGAGCUUCUCUCAGACAGCAGCAGAGGAUCUGGAGGCUCCUACACACUCAGUCCUUCUGCUCUUCAUCACACAGGAGUUUAUGUGUGUAGAGGAGAGAGAGGAGAACCAGUCAGUCACACACUGUACAGCAAUCCACAGCCUCUAUGGAUCCCUGGUGAAUCUCCUCCAGUGUCUCUGAUCAUCAGUCCCAACAGAAUUCAACACUUUACUAAUGACUCUCUCUCACUGAGCUGCGAGGACCAGAGUAACUCUACUGGAUGGACAGUGAGACGAUACACAGACAGUGAAGGAGUGUUAGAUUGUUCACAGUGGGGAUCAGUUACAGGAUCUACAUGUAACAUCAGCUUCCUCUCCACAUCCUACACUGGAGUUUACUGGUGUGAGUCUGAAUCUGGAGAAAACAGUAAUCCUGUCAACAUCACAGUUCAUGAUGGUGGUGUGAUUCUGGAGAGUUCUGUUCAUCCUGUGACUGAGGGACAUCCUCUGACUCUACGCUGUUUAUAUCGUAACACAAAUCUCUCAAACCUCCGAGCUGAUUUCUAUAAAGAUGGAUCAGUCGUCCAGAACCAGAAUACAGGAGAGAUGAUCAUCCAUAAAGUCUCAAAGUCAGAUGAAGGUUUCUACCACUGUAAACACCCAGAGAGAGGAGAGUCACCGAGAAGCUGGAUCUCAGUCAGACGCUCUGUCUCAAGCUCAGGUUCUAGACCCAGUGGUGAAACAGUAGGAGUGGCUGUGGGACUGAGUUUGUCCUUUUUGUUCAUCAUUUUGCUGAUAUUAAUGAUCCUGCUGUGGUUCUACAAAAUGAAGAAAGAAAAUCAGCAGAAAUCCAGUCAGACAUCAGAGCAAAAUCAGAGGCGAUCAGGAGCUGAAGACUCUCAGUCAGGACACAAACCACUUCAGACUGGUGAAGCUGCAGCUCAGAGCAGUGAAGACACUUACGCACAGGUCAUGAAGAAGAAGAAGAGAAGCAGGAAGAAUGGUGUUGAUGCUCAACUCGGCAUGAAUGAUGUGACAUAUGCUGAGAUUCAACUAAAACCUAUGAAAAAAGUAAAGAGAGCACAAGGUAGAGAAAAGAGCAGAGUGGGUGAUGAUACUGUUUACUCAGAGCUGCAUCAUAACAUGAAGUGAGCCGUGUGUCUCUCUACACUGAUGAAGCUACAGAAACUGAGUUGUCUUUGUCUUCUGUUUUUCCUAAAAUUUUCAGAUGUGAAAUGUUUCAAAUUCUUUGAUCUAUGAACUUGCUCACAUCAACCAUUCCCACAAUAUCAGAAUGUUCCUGGAGAUUUGUGUAAACCACAGAGAUUUAAAAGAUGGUUCAAGUCAUUCUAAAAAAUUUUAAUGAUCUACCAAACCACCAGCUGGAUUUUAUGCCCUGAUUAGAACGAGUUUCGAGGAGAAUUGGACCUGCUGAAAAGUCACAUAAAACCAGACACUGUGACUAAAAAAAAAUUGCUGAAGUGAUGCAUUAAAAAUGUUUAUUUUAAGUUUGCAUUUGAAUAGUUGAUCUACAGUAUCUGUGCUUCCAGUUCAUCCAGAAUGGUGAAAUGGAACAACAGUAAAGAUCAGUUCAGACCUGAACAGUUCAGUACAGACGCAAAAAUUCACAUUUCUCUGAUUAAAUUUUACAGCUAUGCAGAAUGAAUUACAAAUAAAAUUUAUAUGAACAGAAUCUUCUUUUGAAUUAGUAACUUCAGCUUGUAUUAUGAAGACUCUAGUAAAUGCAUUAAGAAAUUUGAAUGUCUCAAACUUGAACAGUGUUUCAAAGAACAUCAGGAAUGCAUGAAGGUCCUUGUGUAACUAUUUUUUGAAAAGUUAAAUUUUUAUCUUAUAAAUAGACUUCAUGAUUAGUAGUAGUUUAUAUUUACUUACUUAAUAAUGUAUGUACCAUGUAGUCACUGAGUAGAUUUAAAGUAAAUUCAAUUUCUCUAUAAUUUUCUUUCACCUGUUUUUUUUAAAGUUUAUUAUAUUUUCAAUUUCAGACAUUAAAUAAAA